AUGCCUGCAGAUUAUGAAGACCACGGUUUAACUCGUCAACCUGAUGACUGGCCUUCCUGGAAGUUCAGAAGAUAUAUUCUCAACAAGAUAUCAAGUUCUAGUAGUUCAGAAGAAUCUUCUCAAAAUUUUGAAUCAUCUUUGAAUCAAUCAAAUAUAUCCCAUCAUAAUUCACAAUCUUAUUUUCGUGAUGAACAACAUGAAAUCAAAACAACCGAAGUAAGAUCCAGUGAAGAUGAAUCAUUUCCUGUUGAUGAGGAUGAAUCUUUCAUCAACCAUGAAUCAAAUGAGGAUCCUCUCAACUCCGAUUAUACUGAAGAAUCAGGCUCUGAUGAUGAAUCCGUUGCAACACAUGAACAAUCAGAAAUUGAUGAGCCCGUAGACAGUAACAACCCAGAAGAACUCACGAAGUAUCUUGUGAAGAAACUCCUCCUUGAAGGGCACAAAGGACCAAAAAUUGUGAAGAUCCUCAAAGAAGAACAUGGUAUAUCAAUGUCUUAUCAAACACUUGGUCGAAGACAAGCAGAAUGGGAACUCCAGCGGGUUGACCUUCCACAGCCCCGCAUCUCAAAGCCCUUGGAACCCCCAAUACGUGCCAGCCUGUUGUCUUCACACAGUAAAGGUCUGAACCUUGAGGAGAUCCAAGCAAGAUUGGCUCAAGAGACCGGGGUGAUAGUAUGUAUCCAAACAGUCAAGCGGUACUUACAAACACUGCAACUGAAACUCCUUGUCAAUGAUCUGGAGGCUGGUAAGGUUUCCAUGGAUGACAUUUUUGAAGCUGUCAAUCAUGCACGCACAAGUCUACUCCACAAUAAUACUGGCUAUCGCCGUAUGCGAGUCCUCCUGAUGAGGCAAUAUAAUAUACGAAUCCCCAGGCAACUUGUUUAUGAUGUUCUCAAGGAAUUAGACCCCAUUGGGAUGGCUCCACGGCUCCGCCAAGGAUUCAAACACCGGAUUUAUCGAACCUAUGGACCCAAUCACAUAUGGGCAUGUGAUGGACAUGAUAAGCUGAAGCCCUAUGGAAUCUGCGUAUAUGGCUUUGUCGACACCUGGUCCAGGAAGAUACUUGGGAUGUUUGUCCACACAACUAACAACAAUCCACACCAUGUUGGACUAUACUUCCUUCAUCUCGCAUCCACAACAGGUGGACUCCCACUGAAGGUGACUAGUGACUAUGGUACUGAAACAGUUGAGAUGGCAACAUACCAGAUGUGGCUUUCAUACCGUUUUGGAGGAAUAAAUGCGGAGGAAGCUACCAAAAGGAGGGCGUUGAUAAACGCACGCCAGCCCCCAUUGAAAGCAAAUUGGCGUGUGGGCCAGCACGCCAAUCUACAGAGUGUAGACCGGCGUGCAGGCCUGCACGCCACAGGCAUAUGUGUUUAG